AUGCAGGCUUUUUAUAGUUUUAUAUUUUUUUAUGGAAAUUUAAUUUUAUUUUGUAAUUGUUCGGGUCCUGAAGAAAUAUUGUGCGCCAACGAAGCAUGUACAGAACCCAUUUCAAAAGCUCGUGGAAUUGUGUCUUAUAAUGCUGACAGCUUCGAAAGAUUAAGUUUUAAAAGUGGUCAAGAAAUAACUAUUGUUAGCAAAUCAAAGGCAGAAAAGGAUUUCUGGGGAGCCAUUAUAGAAGGCAAAAAUGGAUUUGUGCCUUCUCAAUUAAUUAAAGAAAUAAAAGUAUUUCAUCCCACAGAAAGAUUAAUGGUUGUGCACACCACAGCAUCAAAAAGUCAUAAUGCAUUUACUGAUGUCAGUGAUACAAAUAAUGUCUCCUCAAGCAAUAAUAAUCUUGCAAGUGAUUUUGAAAAUCAAAUUCAAAUAGAUAAAAAUAUAAAUUUAGAUUUAAAAAUUGAUGUAAGCAGUCAAACCACUGGUUUGAAUCAAAAUGAUAUUCAAUCAUAUAAUGUAGAAAAAGAAACAGUAAAUAAUUUAUAUACUGGGUCAGAGCCCUCAGGAAGUUUGUCUCCUACAGUAUCAUAUAAUGUUAUUGAGGGUACAACUGUUUAUGUUGAUGAGAAAAAUGAAAUAAUACCAUCGAUGCCUGCAGAUACACAUAUUGAUCAAAAUUUAAAUUCAGUGGUUUUUGCUUCUAAUAAUGAAAAUGAAAACAAUAAGCAUCAUGAAAAAAUAUCAAGCAUUCCAAUAUUAAAUUUUGAAAAUUCUCAAAUGAAUAAUGAGAAAAAUAAAAUUUCUACUGAUAAAAUUGACAACUCCAAUACUUAUCAUAAAUCAAUUUUACAUGAAGAUGUAAAUGAUUUAGAAGAACAGCCUAAAAAUUUACAUUUAAAUUCAGCAUAUUCUCAAAAUUCAGAGGUACAAGGUGAAUCUAAAAUUGAAAGUUUAUUAGAAAACAACAAUAACAAUAAUAAUAAUAAUGAUAAAAUAAAUGAAAAAGAAGAAAAAAUUGAACAACUCCAUCUUCCAAGCAUUCAAACAGAACCAAUAUUUGUUUCUGAAAAAUCUUCCAUAGAAAUGAAUAACUUAAAUCAAGAGAAUAAUUUAAAAUUGGAGAUUGAUGAAAUCAGCAAAAACAACUAUUUACCACAGGACACCUCAAAUUUGGAAGACACAGAAAAAUUACUCAAUAAUAAAGAUGUUGAAAAGUUUAACCUUGAGUCAGAAGACACAUUAACAACACCAUCGAUGACUUACUCUGAUCUAGCUUCUCAUGAAAAAACACCAAAUGAAAAAGAAAAUAUUGUACCUUCUACUAGUGCUGUUUACCCUAAUGAAAUUUCAGAAAAUUUUUUUGCUCUACAUUCAGGAGGUGUUCCAAGUAAUGCACCCCAAUAUGAUGAAAACAUAAAUCAAAAAGACUUGGAAGAAAAAAUUAACUCUUUAGGAAGUUCAUUAACAGUUUCUCCUCCGUCCUAUCAAGAAGAAUCUACUUUUGUGCCAACAGAAUCUGAAAAACCACAUUCUGAAUUCACUACUAAAAAUUUAAUAACUGAAAAUUUGGAUGAGUCUACUUCUUACCAUUCAUCAGAACAUUUAACAGAAAUGAGUCCUUCAGAUGAUUCUGUCUCUGAAGACAUUAAUAAUAAGCAUUGUAAAAGUUCUAAAUGGUAUGAUUCUUACUAUUUUUCCUGGGUAAUAGAUAUGGCGUCAAAUUGGAUUGGUUUAAAUAAUGACAAAAGUGAAAUUAUUUGUGAUGAUGUUACCCAUGAUUCAAUUUUAAAACCAGAACAUUUUGAAAAAUCUGUGAAAACUCCUGAAUCAGUUAUAAAAAAUGAUGGAAUAGCAAUGGAUAAUUUAGGUAAUUUACUGGAAUCACAAUUUCAAAAAGAAUCAAUUCAAGAUGAAAAUUCAUAUUCAGCUACAGAACCAUCAAAUUGGUUUCUUGAUAAUUUGCUAACAACUAGUAACACAUUUAUUUACCUAACAGUCACAGCAAUUACAGUUCUUCUUUUCACUUUAGGCCACAAUUUUAUUGAGAAAAAAACAAAAUCAGGUCCUCUCAUCGCCAAAAUAAAUAAACUUGAGCAGGAGUUGUUUGUAACAUCAAAAGAAUGUUUAUUAUUAAAGGAAGAAAUAAAAAAUGCCCAUAAUAAAAUAAGUUUAUAUGAAAAUUCACAAAAUGAUGAUUUAAUACUUUCAUUACGGGCAGAAUUAGAAGAAUCAAAGAAAAUAAGAUCGGAUCUUGAAUCAUCAAUAGAAUUACUUCAACAAGAAUUAGAUUCCGCAACGGAAGCUGGUUUAGAUUUAAAUAAAAUGCUCUCGGAAGUUCUUACCCAAAAAGGAGGAUCUGAAUCUUUAUUGGAAUCUGUUGAGAAUUUACAAGCGCAGUUAAACAGUCAACAAUUAGUCAUUGAUGAAAUGACGAAAAAAUUAGGAGCUAAAAAUGACGAAAAUGAAAUUUUACAAGCUGCUUUAGAUACUGCAAACGAAAAAGUUGAACAUUUAGAAGAGCAGUUGAAUGAAGUUAAAUCUGAUUUGAAUCUACAUUCAAAAGAAAAAGAGUCCAUUACCGAAGAUUUAAAAAGCCAAAUUGAUCAACUUCAAAUUCGUAUUAAUCAGCUGAGUGAAAGUAGAGAAAAAGAUGUUAAAUCGGCUAAAACUAAAGUUGAAGAAUUAGAAGUUAAACUUAAAAAAGUUUCAAAUGCUUUAUCACUUAAAAAAAAUGAAUGUGAAAAUUUAAAAAAUUCUUUUAAAAAGUUAAAAUUAAACAACAACGCUUCUUGUGAAUCAUUAUUUGACGUGUGUAAAAUUAAAGCUGAACUGUCGAAAGAGGAAGAAAAAAACAAAAACUUAUUGGAAAGGUUAGAAAAUCAAGAAAAAAUUGAAGAAGAUAGAGAAAAACGGAUAAAAAUUUUAGAAAGUGAGCUCCAAAAAAUUAAAAGUGAAUGUGAAAGUGCAAAAUUAAAGGAAGAGGAAGCACAAAAAAAACUUGAAGUUCUUUCUAUUUACUUUAAAGAAAAAGAAACCCAGUUACAAAAGGAAUUAGGUUUUCAGGAAACUUUAUGGGCUCAAAAAAAGGGAGACGAGGCUGCAGUUUAUAACAUGAUUGCAUCAUUAAAAGAAGAAGUUGAGAGCUACAAAUCUCAAAAUGAAACGCUUAAAAAAGAAAUAUUUGAUCAGGAACGUGGGCUUAAAAAUCAAAUAGCAUUGCUUGAGCAAAAAGCUCAUGAAAAUUGGGUAGCUGCCCGACAAGCAGAAAGAAAAUUAGAAGAGAAUAAACAAGAAGCUGCUCAAUUAAGAAAUAGGCUUACACUUAUUGAAAAAAAUGCUUCUAAUGAUUUAGACUUGAAAUUAAACAAUCGAACUGACGAUACAAAUGGAUUAGAGCCAACUUCACCUGUACUCCAUGAUACUUCUUCACCUCUUUUAUUUCCUCCUUUACCUUUAGACCCAAGUAGUUCUCCAAUAAUUCCUCCUGGAUUUAUGCCACCUCCAAUGUUCAUGCCCCCUCCUAUGGGAAAUUUUAUACCACCUCCUCCAUUUUUACCUGGUGAUAGAAGGCCUCCGCCUUUAGGAAGAAUGUCAUCACCUCCUUUGGGGAACCAGUUUUCACCACCUCCACCAAAAGAGACAAAUAGGCACAGAAAUCUACCGUAUCCACCGUUACACAGAGGAUGGGAAGGUAGUCUGAAAGUCAAGGUUUCGUUCCUAUAUCUAAUCAAAAGCAAUCAAAGAAAGAUCGCAAAGGUUCAAACGAUAGUUCGAGACACUCAUCUUCAGAAUCAAUCGAUCAGCCAAGAAGAAACAGCGUGA